AGCUGUCUCUAUGACAACCAGAAGGCGGGGUUUGCCAAUUCUACUAUAGGCUACUAUCUCGGGGUCCCUGCUGGCAUCACGCUCCAACCUGUCUCACAUUCAAAGAAAUGGAAAAGGGAAUGGCAGAAAAGGACAAUAAAGAAAAUGAGGAGUAUGUCGGGGAAAUUAAAGGUGGACUCCGGCCCACGAUGAGACUGGUUGUCAUGGGAAUUAUUAACAAGAAGCCCCAAAGCAUGGUGGUGUCCCUGUCCAGUGACCCUGUGGACGAGGACUCCGAGGGAGACGUGGGUUUGCAGAUGAAGGUCAACUUCCAGAACAAGGCGAUCCAGCGUAAUGCCCGUCAGGCCGGGAGUUGGGGCACCUCAGAAAACACUCUGGCUUACUUCCCAUUUGCUGCCGGUGAGCCAUUUAAGAUGGAGAUAGUGUGUGAACACCAGCAGUUUCGCAUCCUGGUGGACGGCCAGCCGCUGUGCGGCUUCAGUCACCGCGUGUCCCCGCUGGCUUCCCUCACCGCCCUGCGAGUCUCCGGGGACCUGCUGCUCACCAAGGUGGCCUAAACCGGCACCGCGCUCCGGGGGGCGUCCACAGUGACACCCCAACCCUCAUAUAGUGCACUACUUUUCUAUACCUGGUGUUGCAGCUUGGGGCCAGGAUGACUGAGCGAAGCUACCAAAGUAGUGGACUUUGUUAAAGGCGGGCAGGGUAUUAGUGUAGAAGAUUGGUGGACAUUAUUGGUAAUAACUCGAUCCUUGUGUUCGGCACUUUUGAUUGCAACAAAUAACACGUGCUUCUUAAUUAUUGUGUGUCGAGACAAGUGCCUUCACUAGAUCUGUUGCUAGGGUUGUGACUAGUUAAUUUAGACCAGAGGUUCUCAAACCUGUCCUCAGGGAACCCCGGUUGUUUCGCAUUUGUGUUAGCCUCGAACAUGAUCCACUUAUACAAGGGCUUGAUGAUUAGUAGACAGGUUAAAUCAUGUGUGCUAGCUGUGGAAUUGUUCAUGUGCAUGGAAAGGCUGUGGUUCCAAGAGGAGAUUUUUACAACCCCUGAUUUAGACUACAGUCACUGAAUGUAGUCAAUAUAAUUGUCAAGAUUGAUGGAUAUCCUUACAAGAAAAAAACAAAAUGAUUGGAAAUAUUUUGUUUUUGAAAUUUUUGAUGGCCUUUAUGCUACAGUACCUUGCCAUUGGGAAAACACUAUUUUCGAUGAGAUAUUAAAUAUCAAAAUCAACAAUGCUGCAUUUGGCCACAUCUGUCUGAUGACUGUGAUGCAAAAUACAUGCCCAUCUGUUGCGGCAGAACACAGACAAACCUGGAGAACAGAGAGUUUGAGCGAUCUAAACCCAGAACAUUUCUUGCAUCUCCAAGUCAGACAGAUUUUUGCCAGAACACAUCCAAAAGAGAACUGAGAUUGCUGCUAAGGGUCCUCUGAACACUCCUUUAGUGCAAGAAGUUCAACAUUUCCACUGAAGCAAGAAUGUCUUUAAUAUGUUCCCGUGUACAGAACAGUGCCCAGCUCAUUGCUUAGAGCUACAGAGCUACUAAUGCAUGUCAUAUCCUUUGGUGUUAGUUCUUGUCAGAAAUAUUAGCCCAGUAUCAAGUUCUGUAAGCAUCUAUAUUCUACUUUUGGUGCGUCUGUAGGACAGAACCUCAUUAUACUUGAAAUUAAUCAUUGUAUCGAUUACAAUAAUAAACGUUUCAGUUCUUUUCACUUUU